CCCACGACGUAAUAAGAGCCAGGCAAUCAAAUACUGAAUCCCCUUUUUUGCUUUCUGCUUUGUGUUUUAGUUUCUCUUCUUCCUCUCCAUUGUUUUCUUCUCUCUUCUUUUGUAGUCUGUCCAAAAACAGAUAUGAUUAACGUAAAGACCUUGCUGUCCUGAGUUGUCAUCUAAAGCUCUAAUCACCCUCUCGACCUUCUUCUCUUCGUCGCUCUGUUACCACGUUUACUCUUUUGUGUUUGGCUUUGUCCCAUGCAAUUAAGGUUAAGCACACUUUCCAUCUCUGUGUAUCGCAACACAAACCCUUUCCUCCUUUCUUCUCCACUACUUUUGCCCCAUCUGAAUAACAACAACGAUUGAUUGAACAAUCGCUCUUCUCGCCUCGUACGGCCAUGGAGGUGGGUCGUCUUUAGUGCUCAACUCAGUCCCUCCCUUUCCCCUGCCUCUCGGCCUCCUUUGCAGGUGCCAAGACAGGUUCUUUGUUGUAGUUCUCUUAAGGAAGUGGAAUUGGGGAUCUUGGCACUUGUUGCUUUGCUGCUCAGGUUUUCCUGUGUUGAUCGAUGGGGAUAUCACGCGAUAAUCUUCAUGGACUUGUAUUGGCUGUUUCUUCUAGCGUUUUCAUUGGCUCCAGCUUCAUUGUCAAGAAGAAGGGCCUUAAGAAGGCUGGCGACUCUGGAACCAGGGCAGGUGAGGGAGGCUAUUCCUACUUGUAUGAACCAUGGUGGUGGGCUGGAAUGGUUACUAUGAUUUUGGGGGAGAUAGCUAAUUUUGCUGCUUAUGCAUUCGCCCCUGCGAUUCUGGUGACUCCCUUGGGAGCUUUAAGCAUUAUCUUCAGUGCAGUGCUAGCACAUUUCAUUCUGCAGGAAAAAUUGCACAUCUUUGGUGUACUUGGAUGUGUGCUCUGCGUUGUAGGUUCCACAACUAUAGUCCUCCACGCUCCACAGGAAAGAAAUAUUGAAUCUGUGAAAGAAGUAUGGCACCUUGCUACACAACCAGGUUUCCUAGUCUAUUCCGCCCUAGUUGUGAUUGCAGUUUCUGUUCUCAUUUUCUACUGUGUCCCACGAUAUGGCCAGACUCAUCUGAUAGUUUAUGUCGGGAUUUGCUCCCUCAUGGGUUCCCUCACGGUUAUGAGUGUGAAAGCUGUUAGCAUUGCUCUCAAGCUUUCAUUUUCUGGCAUGAACCAGUUUGUUUACUUUGAGACGUGGAUCUUCACCAUAAUCGUUAUUACUUGUUGUCUUCUUCAGAUCAACUACUUGAAUAAGGUAGCUUUCCUCUGGCCUUUUCCUAUUACUGUAAAUAUACAUUUACAUAUAGUUGUUGUCAAUGAUGCACUCACAAAAACAGUCUCUGAAGGCAUUGGACACCUUCAAUACGGCUGUCAUAUCUCCGGUCUACUAUGUCAUGUUCACCUCGUUUACCAUCCUUGCCAGCAUGAUAAUGUUUAAGGAUUGGGACUCGCAGAAUGCGUCACAAAUUGCUACAGAACUGUGCGGGUUCAUCACGAUCCUGUCUGGAACAUUUCUCUUACACAGAACUAAAGACAUGGGGAAUACUCCAAAACCAGAUGAAGAAGCACCUGUCUUUGGAGACACAAACAACAGAGCCCCAGAAACUGCUGCUUAGGAAAAUUGAUUACUGGAUUUCCAGGAUCAGGGUAAUUGGAUUUUGAUCUCUUUCAGUUGUACAGAACAAGUGGGUUGCACAGCAAACUGAUCAAAGACGUUAGGAAGGUGGCCCUGGUUUGGGACCAGCGAGAAACUUUAGAAAGCCAUACCUUUUCUUCUCCAUUUUCCCAGCUCUGAGAGUCUGUAAACAACUUCCUAGAUAAGGUGGAGAGCAAUCGGGGGGACCUUAGAUGAUGAUAUAAGAUUAGGUAUUUUAGUGAAGAGUUCUAUAAUUGUGAUUUCUAGUUCUGUUCUGUAAUUUCUGUUCAUUUCCCCCCAUCCAUGUAGAUUAGUGCAAUUUUUAUACAAGAGGACUUUUCAAUUCUGUUUUGAACUUUUGACUUAACCAUAAAAAACGCCAGUUUUUUUAAGUUGACAUUUGGUUCAAUAGUAGCCUUGAUCGAG